AUGAGUAGCAUCAAUAAUAGGAGAUCUCAGAGUGUGAAUUCAAAUGCUGUUUAUAUAGGAACAGCUACUUAAGCAAAAAAUAACCAAGCAUCUAAUUCUAAUUCGUCUAAUUUAUUCUAGAAUCAGCGAAGCAAAAGCAAGUCACAGCAAUUUAAAAAGCUGUAAUAACUUAGGUUGCAUAUUGAUGAUAUUAGUACUCUGCUAAGUUGUUAUUAGUCUAGGGAAGAUAGUAUAUUUUAAAUGAGGGUUUGUGUUAUGCAAAUAUUAGAGAAUAUUUAGGGGAAGUCUUUGAAUGAAAUUUAAAAUAUUGUUAGAAAUAUUAGCCAUAUUUUAUUAGACACUGAAAGAAUCCGUUUUGUGGAGGAGAAUAAAGUAAUUGAAAAGUAUGCUUCUCCAUUAAUACAGCCUAUAUAUUUAGAGAAUAAUUCAAGUGCAAAGCAAAUGGUUUUUAGAUAUGGGUCUAAGUUAAAUAAAAUCAACAACUCUUAUUAUCAAAAGAUAUAAUUUUACUUUCCUCGUAUGGCCGAGCUUAUUCAAUAAGAACAAUGCAAUUGGAACAGUUAAUUUAAAGAAUCACUACAAUCCAUAAUGUCGAAUAGUUCUUAAGGCGGCAAUCAAAAUUCCUAAUCUAUAUCUUCAUACUCUUAAUAAAGCAAUCACAGCAAUAGUGCUAGCAAUAAUAAAGUUUUAUUGACUUCCGUUUUGAAACAUAUAGUAGUUAAAUCAAGAUAAAAGUUUCAAAAAGAACACGUAAAGUUCACUUGUUAUCAGUAGGCGUAUGGUGGCCUAAUAGAAAAGAUAGUAGGAGUUCCUAAAUAAGUAGAUAAAUGUAAUAAAAACGAGAAAUUUUUUAUUGAUAAAUACAUAUAAGGUUCUGCCGCGUUUGCCUACACUUAGCUUCUUACUUAAAAAUAUUUAAUAAAAUCGUCAAAUAAAUAUAUAAUUAUUGGUUAUAGUUCGUAAAUGCGUUAAGCAGUUAGAUAAACUUGGAGAAAUCCUUAUGACAUAUUAUAACUCGAAGAUAAAAAGUAAGAAACAAAAGCAGCUAAUGCUUAAAGUUCUGUAGGAAAUUCUAACUAGGCUGCUAAUGGUACUACUCCCAUUUCUUCCUCUUGUGUGAGCACCUCAAAAACAAACUCAAAUUACGAGAGCUUAUGGGAAAUUAUAGUUACAAAUUAUGACAAAAACAUAAAAGAAAUGUUUUCAUAUAACAAGAGUAUAAACUACUAAAUAAAAUAAUAUAUAGAAUCAUAUCAUAAAAGAGAUUAGCAAUAGUAGUAAAAUAAAUCUUAGUUAUUACUUUAGUCAAAUGUAUAUUAGAAUAAAAAUUAAAUAAAGUAAUAUAACGUUUAGAAUACAGUUUAAGGAAAUUCAUAAAGUUAGAGUAAAGACCUCAUUAUUAGUGAGGGUGAGAAUCAAUCUAAGCAAAUUUAAUAAAAUAUUUUUUAAGAGUUCAAAAAAAAUAAAUAAGAUAAAAACAUUGGCAAUAAUUAAAAUAUAAGUCAAGAUUUUGAUGAAAGUUUGCUAAAAGAAUAAUAAAAUAAAUAAAUCGAAUCAGAUUAAUAGUAAAUAGAAAUAGGAGAUUAGUUAACUGAAGCAUAAGAUUAAAAUUAAGAAGAUGAUAAAAGUUUGUAAAAAAGCUAAACUUCACCAAAAUUUAGCAUUUCUCAAAGCUCUCUCAGUUUAUCUCAUUCAUAGAAAAACAAACUCUCUUAGUCUUAUUAUACAUACUUAGAUGAGGAUUAAAUAAAAAUGUAAAGCUAAUUAAAUUAGGAAAAUAGCGUUUAAAAAAAUUAUAAAACUGAUUACUAUUCAAAUGACUGUGAAUAUGCAUCUGAUUGUAAAGAUUAAGCGUAGAAUAAUGAUGCUAUCUCUGUUUAUGAAGAGUUUUUUACAAAAUAAAACGAAACAAGUGAAUAAAAUGAUAAUUCAAAAAUACAAAAAUAGGAAGAUAGAAGUAAUAGCCUCUUAGAAAAUUGUCAAAGUAAAACUUUUGAUGUUUCGAACUUUUAUUCUCGUUAUAAACACAAGAGCUUUCAAGAUUCAUUAGGGGAAUACUAAUUUGUACCGAAAAGAUAAAUUAAUAACUUCAAAAAUAUACCUUAAAAGACGAUAGAACAUGAAGAAAACUCAUUUUAAUUAGCUAUUAAUCCAUAUAAAAAACUAAGGAAUUAAAAUUAAGGCGAAUUCAAUAUGAAUGCUUAAGAUGAAAAUGUGCUUUAAAACUCUUAAAUUAAUUUAAACAACAAAAUUAAUUUAAGUAAUAUAUAGAACAAAGAAUUAACAAGAGUUGUUUUAAACCCUUUUUCUAGCGAAAUCAUACCAAAUAGCUGCAUAAAUAGCAAUUACAACAAAAAAUUAAAUGAUAAUCAUCUCAAGUAAAGCAGAAAUACUAUCCAGGGUACCUCUUUAAAAGCAAGUUCAUCAAAUAUUAAUUUAAUGUCACCAAACUAGUCAAGUAGCAUAAACUAAACAAAUAUCUUUAGUUACCAGAUCUCUUCAGCCAAUAAAGCCAAUUUUGAAGUAAAUAAUAGUUUGAGUAGCAGUAGCAAGAGCAGCAAGAUCAGAUUCUCCCUAACAUCAAUUUAAAAGCAAAAGGACUAUCCUUACAUUGAUUAGUUUCAUUAGCUUUUUGAAUCUAAAAAGAAGAAUAUUAACUAAUCGUGCUCUUAGAAUUAACAGCUGGCCAAUUAAAUUUAAAAUUCCAUAGGCAAUCAUCAGUUUUCGAAUACUAAUCUUAAAAGUAACACAUUUACAAAUGACACCUAAGCUUAUGAUGGAUAAGAUGAAAUUCUACCUCCUCUAUUAGAAGCAAAUAAUUUUGCUAAAAAGCAAAAGUAAAUAAAAAUUUUUACAAUCACUCAAAGAGAAGGUAACUAUCAACAACAAUAAAAUGAAAAUGUACAAAAAAAUUAAAUUGCUAAUGACUAGCAAGGACAUUUUGGUUCAUAGAACUAAAUCACUUCAAUAGGAAAUACAGGGUUAACAACUCCCAGUUCAAAUAUUCAUUUGACAAGUCUAACUAAAUUUCCUGCAGAUUCUACAACUAACAAUCAGAAUUUAAAUAAUUAACAGCAUUCUACUUAGAAUAGCAUUAACUCUUCUAGAAUUCCUAACAAUCAAAAAAGUGAACAUCCCUCCAACAGUAGCUCCUAAGUAAAUAUAAUUAGCAGUUGUACAAAUAUAAAUAUAAGUAACAGCUAAAAUAAAACAAUGGAAGUUUAGAGCAUAAAUAAUAAUAAUAAUUUAAAAGUGAAUGCUGUUAAUAACCAAAACACUCCUAAGGCAAAUUACUAGCUUAAAAUGAAUCAUAAAUUGUAUUCUGGUCCUACGUUUAAUACUUUGGCCACAAACAAGCACAGCUAGGCUACUCCUAUAAAAACAAAUAAUUUAGGCUCAACAAAGAGUAAACGUUAACAAACUGUGUCUUCAGAUUAGUAAGCUAGCUUGAUAAAAUCUAUUAAUAUAAAAUAAAUUAAUUCAUAAGAAACUCCUCAAUUGAACUAGAAUUAAAAGUUCUGCAAUUUAAACUUAGACUCAAAUAUUUACUCAUCAUUGUAUUUUGAUCAACAACCUAUGAAUUUGCCAGAAAUUUUAUAUAAAACAUCAUAAACACCGUCUAUAGGGAAAACUUAAAUGAGCAUUCCUCCUGAUAGUAUGCAUUUAUUAAAGCAAAAUUACAACAACUCUCAAAAAAAACACUUUGAUAGCUCCAACUAAACAGGUUAAUUCAUUAAUUUAAAUACUAGCAAUUCUAAUUAGCCAGUUUUGACAAGGAUCAGCAAUGCUGUUCAAGGUUCCUUUAGUCCACUAAAGCUAGAUUCUAUAGAAUAAAGAAGACAGCUUUCAAUUAAAAAUAAUGAAAACUUGUAGUUAAGUAUCUCAAAAAGAAAUGAGAGUUUUAAUAGAAAAAGCAUUAACUCUACUUAAAAUAUUACUUAACAGUAGAACUAAUACUAAUAGUAGCAGCAUUAGUAAUAUUAGUAGCAGCUAGUUUAAUCUUAGCAAGCUGGAAAUAUUUUUAACAACAUUACUCCUCAACUACGAAAUAUAAAUAGGCAGAAAAAAUGUAACAUCAUUAAUUUACAAAAUUAAAAUUAAUUCAUUAUAAAAAAAAAUUAACUUAAGACCUAUGAAACAAACCCUAAUACUUCUAUAUAAAUAAACAAAAGUCCAGCUUGA